AUGUUGGCAAAGAUCUUUACCACAUGGAAACUGCUCUUAAAGCUGCUGGGCCCUGAAAUUUUAUUCAGCAGUUUGAAAUCAAUCCACCGCUUUCCUCACUCGCCCUACCACUUGGGGCUAAUGCACAGGCAUGAACACCUAUUGAGGAAAACCACAAAAAACUUCAAAACGGCUGUAACGACUGUGCAGUCUACACUGCUCCUGUUACUGUUCAUGCCUCUGACAGAGCCAGCACCACCAGCUCAGCAGGACUCAGGCAUCACCCAUGAGUAUGGAACAGAUAACUUGGAAGAAACCAUAUUUAGCCAAGAUUAUGAGGAUAAAUACCUGGAUGGAAAAAAUAUUAAGGAAAAAGAAAAUAUGAUAAUACCUGAUGAGAAAAGUCUUCAGGUACAAAAAGACGAAGCUGUAACAUUAUUACCCCCCAAGAAAGAAAAUGAUGAAAUGCCCACGUGCCUCUUAUGUGUUUGUUUAAGUGGCUCUGUGUACUGUGAAGAAGUUGACAUCGAUGCUGUACCACCCUUGCCAAAGGAAUCAGCCUAUCUUUAUGCACGAUUCAAUAAAAUUAAAAAGCUGACUGCUAAAGAUUUCGCAGACAUGCCUAACUUAAGAAGACUUGAUUUUACGGGAAACUUGAUAGAAGACAUAGAAGAUGGUACUUUUUCAAAACUUUCUCUGUUAGAAGAGCUUUCGCUUGCUGAAAAUCAACUACUGAAACUUCCAGUUCUUCCUCCAAAGCUUACUUUAUUUAAUGCAAAAUACAACAAAAUCAAGAGCAGAGGGAUCAAAGCAAAUACAUUCAAAAAAUUGAAUAAUCUCUCCUUCCUCUACCUGGACCAUAAUUCCCUGGAAUCUGUGCCUCCUAACUUACCAGAAAGUCUACGUAUAAUUCAUCUUCAGUUUAACAACAUAACUUCAAUUACAGAUGAUACAUUCUGCAAGGCUAAUGACACUCGUUACAUUCGGGAUCGGAUCGAAGAGAUUCGCCUGGAGGGCAACCCAAUCAUCCUGGGAAAGCAUCCAAACAGUUUUAUUUGCUUAAAAAGACUACCUAUAGGGUCAUACUUUUAAUCACUAUCAAUACAGCUUGUAAGCUAAAGUACACAUACAUAUAAUCUGUCUAAACAUUUUCUAAAGGAUCAUAAAUACAGGUUUAAUAUUAA